AUGCAGGGUCUGUGGUCCCGCGCUGUUCCAACGCAGUCGUCCUGCCAUUGUGUGUCGUGUCUGAGCACUGCGAGUGGCGUGACAUCGCGAUCAGCCUCCGCCGCCAGCAAGAGGCGGUUGCGUAUAGGCAAUUCAGUCACUGCACUGUACACGAGUAUCUUUGCUGCCGCCACUCUCGCUGACGCGAAGUCAAAAGUCGAACGUCGACAGGAAUGGGAGGAGAAGAUCGCAGCCGUCAAGGCUGAAGUGGACUACUUGAAGGAUCAAGACGACAAGAUCCUUGAAUCACUGCAGCUUGAGAGAAGGACGCGGAGAUCAAGUGGGUUGUUGUUUGAUCGAAGGCUUCGCAGCACCUGGACGUUCCCACCCACUACCCUUUCCCAAUACAGACCCAGCCAACCCACAAGGUCCUUUCACACCGACCACCAUUUCCAUCCCGCAGCAAGUGCACAGAUCGCGGAAUGCAUUCCGUCAGAAUAUGAAGAAGUCACUGAAACCGUUCACAUGGAGGAAAUCUCUACAAAAGAUGAUGAGGAUUACAAUCCAGAUUUUGCUGAAACAGAGCAGAUCGAGUACUCGGAUGAACUGGAUUCUCAAAAUGGGCACUUACCAGAAUGGGUUUUAAGAGACUCGCGACGGAUCAAAGCCAUACAGACGCUGGCGUUAAGGCAAUUUGGCCUUCGAAUCAUUCUGCGACCGAGGAUCGCACAUCGUUACUCGGGUGUCCGGGUCAACUACCCCCGCGAUGUGCGUGCUGCGCGCGCGAUGAUGCCCAACGUAAAGACCACAAAGCUUUUGAGAGAUAUAGAUCGCCUUCGGCGGCGAAUCUACGAGCUCCAGACAAACCCGGAUUCCAAGUAUGAUGAUAUCAUCCAGGAGUGGACCAGCUCACAUCCUGAACAAUUACAAGAGACUCAAGCGAGCCUGGACGAGGAACUGACGGAGAUUCUCCAGUCGCUUGCUGAUAAGCAAGUAUCUCUUGAUGAGGCUGUUUUGCAAAUAGCUAUCAACAUUUUCCGGUCUGUGGAUCCGGAUCGGACACUGGCGUUUGGGAAGUUGAUACAGACCUUUACACAUAUGCAUCAGAACGACCUGAAUGACUUGCUACUUCGAUCCCUCCUUCCCAACAUGUUCACCCUGCCGCCAUCCCUCAUCACGAAUAUUUUGUCAUUUUUCCGCAAGUCACGAAAUUUGAGAAGCAUGGACCUGUUUCUUCAGAUGCUCGCGGGCAAUGGCUGGUCAGUAAACCUAGGGCCGCGAGGUACUUUAUACAAGCGCAAGCAACAAGACGGAAUUGAGCUCGUUAAACCGCCCAACAACCUCAAACCCGGUCACCUCGAAGUAAUCUAUUCUGAACUUAUCGCAUCUGCUCUCCUGUUCGACCAACCGCAACGUGCUGAUGCUUGGUUUGAAAUAGCAAAGUCUCACUGCUCAGUGGAAAACUUCAACACGUUAUAUAGCUAUUUGCGGUUCUACAGCAUCAACCAGAAUUGGACACAGGGUUGCAAAGUGCUGAGAAGGGCAGUUGACUGGCUCGCAACACAUCGAGAUCUUCCAUCGGACAGGGUUGAGCGUUUAAUAGUCCUGAUGGUUCACCUGUGUGACUCGAACAAGCAAAAGAACGCCGCGCGAGCAGUGAUACAUGCCGCUAUUGACAGCGGAUUUGAGCCAAAUAUUGCUCAUAAGCAGACUGAUGUCAAGCCUAUCACAGAUUUUGCGUUCACUCGCUGGCGCAGGGCGGCAGAAUAUUCGAGACCUGUUAAAGCAACAGUGGCUGAAACUGUCAAUCGCCCCGCGACUGAAAAAUACCUCGACUUUGCAAGAGUCGUGGGUGAUUAUUUGACGGGGGUCGAGGGGUCUCUUCGCCGGAAGAGUGUGAUUGAUUCGACAAGCCAACCGAACCAAGCCUUCGGUGACGGAAAUGUGGCAUUCACUUCCGUAACUUCUCAAGUUGAAAAAGACAAUGAAAUAUUUGCCUUGAGAAAUGAAGUGGCUCGAAUGCGGGAACUUUUGGCUAAGAUUCGCAAAGACCAAAUCGAAGGGUCUUUCAACCAGGACCCGAUUUCUGAGCCAUUGAAUAUUCAAUAUAAAGAUGAGGAUGAACCGGCUGUGCCACCACCACCUGCUUCUACCCCUUCAUCUUCGACAACUAAAACGGAAGCUGAACCCUUACCAGCCGCAACAUCUGUCGCAUCCGUUGCGGAUAAAAUCUCACACUCACAAACCACCCAACCUAUUUUAUCUGGACCCAGCAUCCCAACGGCAGAUGCCACAGCUUCUGAGAAGCUUGGUCCCUUCGUCCAGCCUCCAUCCCCUACCUCCGCAUUCGACCGCGCAUCCGGCUAUCGAAGUCACUCUCCAGCCCCGAAACAACACAAUGUGACAUAUGACCGAGUGCCAACAAUGGUAUUACAAACCCGUGAGCCAUUAAGUCUAGACCAAAAGUCAAGCUCAAGUGCCCGUCGUCGAGCCCGGAAGUUCCGCGUGAGAGAAGAGAAUACGGCAAUAUUGACCAUAUCACCCACCCGUGUGUGA